UGUUCACUAAACUGGCUCUACAGAGAGAAGCAUACUGUUUCUUUCACUCUCUUUGACUUCAACUCACAAGCAAAGAAGCGUCCACCAUGGUAUCAGCAGGGUUGCAGAUGCUGGGCAUUGCCUUGGCUGUCAUCGGCUGGAUCGGGGUGAUUGUGGUUUGCAUUCUCCCCAUGUGGCUUGUCACGGCUUUCAUCGGACAGAACAUCGUCACAGCGCAGAUCACCUGGGAGGGAAUCUGGAUGAGCUGUGUGGUGCAGAGCACUGGCCAGAUGCAGUGUAAAGUCUACGACUCAAUGCUGGCCCUCAGCUCAGACCUGCAGGCGGCCCGGGCACUGUGUAUCAUCUCCAUCCUGGUGGGUGUUGUUGGGAUCCUCCUAGCGGCUGCUGGAGGGAAAUGCACCAACUGCAUUGAAGAUGAGACAGCCAAAGCCAAAGUUGGCAUUGUUUCAGGAGCCAUCUUCAUUGUCGCUGGGAUUCUGUGUUUGAUUCCAGUCUGCUGGACCGCCAACACAAUCGUAAGGGACUUCUACAACCCGUUAACCAUCAGUGCACAAAAGAAAGAGUUGGGAGCUUCGCUGUUUAUUGGGUGGGCUGCUUCGGCACUGCUGGUUAUUGGCGGCUCACUGCUUUGUGCAAAUUGCCCUCCCCGGGAUCAGUACACCACGAAGUACACUGCUCGACCUGGAGGAACCAAAGGGUAUGUGUUUAAAAACAUGGUCUCCCAAGGACUUCAGAUUAUGGGCAUGGUCAUGGCCAUGCUGGGUUGGCUGGGGGUCAUUGUCGUUUGUGCUUUGCCCCAGUGGAGGGUGUCUGCGUUUAUUGGAGCCAACAUUGUCACAGCACAGAUCAUCUGGGAGGGCAUGUGGAUGAACUGUGUGGUGCAGAGCACUGGACAAAUGCAGUGUAAAGUCUACGACUCCAUGCUGGCACUCAGUUCCGACCUUCAAGCCGGCCGGGCUAUGAUCAUCAUCUCCAUUUUGACCGGACUCUUUGGAAUUAUCAUUUCUAUGGCUGGUGGGAAGUGCACCAACUGUAUUGAGGACCCAGGGUCUAAAGCAAAGGCGUGCAUCAUUGCAGGGAUUUUCUUCAUUGUCUCAGGACUUCUUUGUCUGAUCCCAGUUUCAUGGUCAGCAAACACGAUCAUACAGAACUUCUAUAAUCCGUUGAUGAUAGAGGCCCAGCGGAGAGAGUUGGGUGCAGCUCUGUAUAUCGGCUGGGGAUCUGCUGGGUUGCUCUUACUAGGAGGAGGAAUACUUUGUUGGAGCUGCCCACCAAAGCAAGAACGCAUCUACAACCCCAAGUUCUCCGCUGUGAGGUCCAGUUCAACAAGAGAAUUUGUCUGA